AUCUGCCUUGGAAGACCUGUACUCUUUUCUGCGACUUCUUGCCUUCAAAAAUUUCUACCUCCUCUUUCACCAAAGAUUCUGCAAUGGAAUUGAUGACUUCUGUUUUGGGUUCAGUGGUAGCUGAAAUUUCUCGAUUUUUUUGUGGCUUUAUCUGGUCGGAAACUAAGAAUUCCGUCAGAUUCAAAUCAAACUUCAAUGACUUGGAAAAGAAGUUAGAGCUUUUAAAAGAUGUUCGAUACAAGAUGGAGAAUGAACUUGAUGAUUCAGUUUCAAUGCCCAAAGUAACUGGGUGGCUUACAGAGGUUGAAGGGAUCCAGGAUGAAGUGAAUUCUGUUCUACAAAGUAUAGCAGCCAACAACAAGAAGCGUUGUGGUGGUUUCUUUAGUUGCUGUCAAUGGAGCAGGGAACUCGCUAAAACACUCGAGAAGGUACAGAUGCUUCAGAAAGAGGGCAAUUCCAUCAUUUCUAUGGCUGCUGCCAACCGAAAAGCCCAUGCAGUGGAGCACAUGCCUGGACCAUCAGUCGAAAAUCAGUCGACAGCAUCACAAAAUCUAGCCAGAAUCAUGGAUCUGCUGAAUGAUGAUGGAGUCAAGAGUAUUGGUGUCUGGGGUAUGGGGGGUGUGGGCAAAACUACCCUGGUAAAGAACUUGAACAACAAGCUCGAGAAUGCUUCUUCUGCACAACCUUUUGGGGUUGUCAUAUGGGUCACUGUGUCCAAGGAUUUGGACUUGAGAAGGAUCCAAAUGCAAAUAGCUCACAGAUUGAAUGUGGAAGUGAAAAUGGAAGAAAGCACAGAGAGUUUGGCUGUUAAAUUGUUCAGGAGACUGAAGAGGACAGGCAAGUUUCUUCUCAUUCUGGAUGAUGUUUGGAAGGGAAUUGAUUUGGACGCUUUGGGUGUCCCAAGGCCUGAAGUUCAUACGGGUUGUAAGAUCAUAAUAACAACUCGGUUUUUAGAUGUUUGCAGGCAGAUGAAGAUAGAUAAAAGAGUAAAAGUGCAGAUCUUGAAUUAUGAUGAGGCCUGGGAAUUGUUUUGUCAAAAUGCAGGUGAGGUAGCCACCUUAAAGCCUAUAAAACCGUUAGCGGAGACCGUUACGAAAAAAUGUGACGGAUUGCCUUUGGCCAUAAUCAUCAUGGCCACAUCUAUGAGGGGGAAGAAGAAGGUUGAGCUUUGGAAGGAUGCUUUGAAUGAGCUACAAAAUUCACAGCCAGAAAAUAUCCCGGGGAUCGAGGAUCAGGUUUAUAGAGUCCUAAAGUGGAGUUACGAUUCAUUGCAGGGUAAGAACAUGAAAUCUUGCUUCCUAUUUUGCUCCCUGUUUCCUGAGGAUUUUUCGAUUGAUAUAAGUGAACUGACGAAAUACUGGCUAGCGGAAGGCUUAAUAGAUGAACACCAAACCUAUGACAAUAUCCACAACAGAGGAUUUGCGGUAGCUGAAUAUCUCAAGGACUGCUGUUUGUUGGAAGAUGGUGACCCCAAAGAAACCACCGUGAAGAUGCAUGAUGUGGUUCGUGAUGUUGCGAUAUGGAUUGCGUCUUCGUUGGAGCAUGGAUGCAAAUCCCUAGUGCGCUCAGGAAUCAGAUUGCGUAAGGUAUCAGAGUCUGAAAUGUUGAAGCUUGUAAAGAGAAUUUCUUACAUGAAUAAUGAAAUUGAAAGGCUGCCUGAUUGUCCAAUAUCUUGCUCAGAGGCAACUACUUUACUUCUACAAGGUAAUUCCCCCCUUGAGAGAGUUCCUGAGGGCUUCCUACUAGGCUUUCCAGCACUAAGGGUACUCAAUCUGGGUGAAACCAAGAUCCAAAGAUUGCCUCAUUCCCUUCUCCAGCAGGGUGAACUCCGCGCUCUUAUACUAAGGCAGUGCAGUUCCCUUGAAGAAUUACCUUCACUGGGAGGGCUUAGAAGACUACAAGUGCUUGAUUGCAGUUGUACUGACCUCAAGGAAUUACCAGAAGGGAUGGAGCAGCUGAGCUGCUUAAGGGUUUUGAAUCUAUCAUACACAAAGCAGUUGCAAACCUUUGCAGCCAGACUAGUGUCUGGGUUGUCUGGUCUGGAGGUUCUAGAAAUGAUAGGUAGCAACUACAAGUGGGGUGUGAGGCAAAAGAUGAAAGAGGGAGAAGCAACAUUUAAGGACCUAGGGUGCCUGGAGCAACUAAUUCGCUUAAGCAUCGAAUUGGAAAGCAUCAUAUACCCCUCCUCAGAGAAUAUUAGCUGGUUCGGAAGAUUGAAAAGCUUCGAAUUUUCUGUGGGCUCAUUGACUCAUGGUGGGGAAGGCACAAACCUUGAGGAAAGGUUGGUCAUUAUUGAUAAUCUUGAUCUCUCAGGAGAAUGGAUUGGGUGGAUGUUAUCUGAUGCAAUUUCUCUAUGGUUUCAUCAAUGCAGCGGACUAAAUAAGAUGCUUGAAAACUUAGCGACAAGGAGCUCUGGUUGCUUUGCUAGUUUGAAGUCUCUUUCAAUUAUGUUUUCCCACUCCAUGUUUAUACUAACAGGAGGAUCAUAUGGUGGCCAAUAUGAUCUACUGCCAAAUCUAGAAAAACUUCAUCUCUCCAAUCUCUUUAAUCUUGAGAGCAUUUCAGAAUUAGGUGUUCAUCUUGGACUCAGAUUCUCAAGACUGAGGCAAUUGGAAGUGUUGGGUUGUCCCAAAAUAAAAUACCUUCUGUCUUAUGAUGGUGUCGAUCUAUUCUUGGAAAACCUAGAAGAAAUCAAGGUAGAAUACUGCGACAAUUUGAGGGGUCUAUUUAUACACAAUUCUAGGAGGGCAUCAUCGAUGCCCACUACUCUGGGUUCUGUUGUUCCAAACUUGAGGAAAGUACAGUUGGGAUGUCUUCCUCAAUUGACGACUCUAAGCAGAGAAGAAGAGACAUGGCCACAUCUAGAGCAUCUGAUAGUGAGAGAGUGCGGAAAUUUGAAUAAGCUCCCUCUGAAUGUCCAAAGUGCAAACAGCAUAAAAGAAAUAAGAGGAGAACUGAUAUGGUGGGACACAUUAGAGUGGGACAACCACGAAACCUGGUCUACUCUCCGGCCUUUUGUCCGGGCCAUGGCCUCUCAUCCAGGCCAACUGUGAGGAUAACCUGCAUGUGUGAGAAAACUCUGUUGUCUUUAUUCCAUCCAUCUUGUUGAACAUGUUCCAUGAACCACUACCAAACACAUGCUGCUACCUCUUUGAUUACAGGAUCCCUGCAAUGAAGGAAGAUUGGGUGGUUCACUAAUGGUUAUUAGGAAAGGAGAAUCUCAUCAACCACAUCGCUCCACAAUCCUAAUCGUCCUAUUCAUAUAAUUUCCUUGUAGUUGAUUUCCAUUUAUUUGGCUGUACAAACAAUUGUAUAAAGCAUGUCCAAUGAUUUAUUAUGGUAUCAGAGCUUUGAAACACUCCAA